ACAGACACGAACGAAAAAAAUUGUAUUUUAUAAAUAAAUCAGUAUUAGUAUUAGAACCCAAAAAUUUCAGUUUUGGGUUCAGCAUAGGAAAUAGAGUGAAAAAAAAAAAUUUAAAUAUUCAAUGUACAUAAUUUCACCCUAUGAUAAGAAUAGAUUUAUUUCUGGUCUGUGGUCCAUGUAGUGUUGCUGUGAUGCUGUUAAUAAAAAAAAACGAUUUCAGGAAAUAAGAGUAGAACACGAGUAGAAAGAGAAAACUCUGGUUUCCCUUCAAAACAUCGAGGGACAAUUUUUAUUAUGCCUAAAUUAAAUGCUGUUUUUAAAUGUGGGGAAAGUUGCAGCGCGUUCAAUAUUAUCCAAGUGGGACAUGGGCAGGCUGUCUGUGAAGUACCGAAGUGAAGUUUGUUCGUGUUGUGUACUAUGUCGCUAAGUAAUGCAGACCAGUGACCACAACUCUGUUUGGGCAACAUGCCCAGCUGACAUACUGCUCAUGAUUUUACAAAAAUUAGACCUCAAAUCAAUUAUAAAUUGUAUGGAUGUAAAUACAUUUUGGCGAAGUCUAGUUAAAUACUAUUGUGAGAAAGCUAACUUAUGGAAAGCAGUUGUUCAAUAUAGCAUUGAAGAUGUGAAAUUCACUGAAAAAAAUAUAUUGGGAUGGCAAGACCAAUUUCUAUCUGCACAGCAAUGGCUCAAUGCUAACAAUGUAAAUGUGAGUUUGCAAAAUCAUAACAAAUUGGAUAACAUCAACAAUAUUUCUGUAUAUAGAGAUAAUCUCAUAGUAGUAACUGAUGUUGCUGUAAAAUAUUUUGACAUAGAAAAUUUUAAAGUUCUUAAAACAAUAGAAAGAUCAUGUCUUAAGUAUGAAGAAACAUCAACGUUGGUUGCAGAACUUUCAUCAUGUGAUUACAUAACAGAAGAUUAUCCCAGAACAAUUACAAUGAACUAUGGACUUGAUGUACUGACUCUCACCAAUAAAAUCAUUAAAGAAAGUUUUGAUUCUGGAUCAGUGGAAGGAAAUAUCUAUGUCCAAUUGAAAAUAAGUUUAUUCAAAGUCCAUUUGAAUGCUUGCUAUGCUAUCGAUAUCAAGAAUGUCCUCUGGAUGUACACAGCUAAUGCAAAUGGUUGGGACUUCAAAGCUCUUGCCAAAUAUUAUGGAAACAGGGGCUCAAUCUGUAGUAUACACAUUCACAAGAAUAAUGUGUAUGUUCUAUCAAAGAGGGGCGAUGUCUUUCUUAUUGAUAUGGAAUGCAAGAAGUUUGAGAAAGUAUUUCAUUUGCAUGUACCCCUAAACUGUCUGGAUUCAGAGCUAUUAUUUUUUCAACCUUUCACUCUUCUAAUAAAUGCACCAAAUGCCGAAUGCCGCGGUUACGUUGAAAUUUACGCCUACAAACAAAAGGAAUUUGUAUUAAUUAUAUCCCGCCAUGGAGUUUCAUGUGUUUUAGAACAUGGGCAUGCUUUGCUCUUGGGAUAUGAGGAUGGCAAGAUUGAGAUUUAUCUUACGAAAAAGUUGACUGAAUCAUCAGAGGGCCCCGAACUGGAGAUACAUUUACAAAAUUGUUUGGAUAAAACCAAUCAAUUGGAGAAAAGCCUUAGAAUAAAUUCCCUUGACGUAUAUGAAGACAAAGCAGGACAUCAUUUAUUUGUGGCGACACAUUCUGAUGUCUAUGAACUGUUAUUAUGUUAAGUUGUACCAACCAAGAAAUCAUUGUUACUGUUAUUAAUAUAUGUUUAUCAAGUAUACUAUAUUGUUGUGGGGAAAUGAAAUAAAUUAUUUAAAAUAUGG